AAUAGGUUGGACCAAACUUGCUUCUUUCUAUAAAAUAUCUUUAUGUAUUUAUGCUUUCCAUUAUUCAUUCAAAUUUCCAAGUCCAAAUCUAGCAUCUCUUUUGCCUGAAAUCAAAAUGAAACACCAAAAAAUAUGGAUAAACCUGCUUCCAAAUCUUCUAAUACUAGUAACUAUUCUAUUCCUUUCCACAACAUGGACCAUAGCAGAUGAAGUUGAGGAUGAGAGUGAAUUUGAUUACCUAAAAGGGAGCAAAAAGGGUCCUUCACAUUGGGGUGAACUGAAGAAAGAAUGGGCAACAUGUAAAAAUGGGAUAAUGCAAUCUCCUAUUGAUUUGUCAAGUAAGAUAGUGAAGGUAGUGCCAAAGUUGGGAGAACUAAAGAAAAACUAUAAGCCUCAAAAUGCUAUUAUAAGAAACCGGGGUCAUGAUAUUCAGUUGAGAUGGAAAGGAGAUGCAGGAUCAAUAAAUAUCAAUGGGACAGAAUUCUUUCUACGUCAAAUCCACUGGCACUCACCUUCUGAACACACCAUUAAUGGCCAAAGGUUUGAUAUGGAGCUACACAUGGUUCAUGAAAGCCUAAAAAUAUGUGGGAAGAGCAAAAUAGCUGUUGUUGGGCUUCUCCAUAAAAUUGGUGGACCUGAUCCUCUUCUCACCAAGUUGUCAAAUUAUAUAGAAACCAUUGAGCAUACUGGAGCAGAAAGAAGUGUUGGGGUGAUUGAUCCUUCAGAAAUCAAAUUUGAUGGCCAAAAGUAUUAUAGAUACAUGGGUUCCCUCACUGUCCCUCCUUGUGAUGAAGAUGUCCUUUGGACUAUUAAUAAAGAGAUUAGAAGUGUGUCUAAAGAGCAAUUGGAGAUACUGGAAGACGCUGUUCCAGAUCAUGCAGAGAUGAAUGCUAGACCUGUUCAGCUCCUGAAUGGAAGAGAAAUACAACUAUAUGGCUAAAAUUGAAGCCAAGAAAUAACCACAU